AUGAACAUGAAUAUGAACAUGAAUCAAAACUUCUAUCAACAAGGUCAACAGCCUGCAAAUGGAGCUGAUCAAUUCAUGUUUCCUCAAGGUUCCAUGUCAUACCAAUAUGAUUCUUCAAAUGAUCCUAACAAUGGUGGUAAUUCAAUGGGUCUAGUUCCAGAUCCAUUACCUUCUGGUAUAUUAUAUGCAUUAUCUACAAAGGGUUAUCCUCAUGAACCGCCUCUAUUGGAAGAAAUCGGUAUCAAUUUUGAUCAUAUUAUUACAAAAACUAAAAUGGUACUUAUACCUACUUCGUCGAAUAACAAUGGUAUUUCCCAAGAAAUUCUAAAUGAUUCUGAUUUAUCAGGUCCAGUAAUUUUCUUCCUUUUAUUUGGAUUAUUCCUUUUAAUGGCUGGUAAGGUUCAUUUUGGAUAUAUUUAUGGUGUUGCAUUAUUUGGUACUGUUUCAUUACACAAUUUAUCAAAGUUUAUGUCAAAUAAUGAUUCCAAUAAUAUUAAUAAUAAUAAAUUACAAUUUUUUAACACUGCUUCUAUUUUAGGUUAUUGUUUCUUACCCUUAUGUAUUUUAUCAAGUAUUGGUAUAUUUCAUUCUUUAGACAACACGGCUGGUUAUGUGUUAGGUGGCUUGUUUGUUAUUUGGAGUACAUGGUCUGCGUCUGGUUUUUUAAAUUCCCUUUUACAAUUAACAAAUGCAAGAUUAUUAAUUGCCUAUCCGUUGUUGAUUUUUUACAGUGUCUUUGCAUUAAUGGCAAUUUUUGUUUAA